GAUUCGCAUUUGAGACAAAUUUGGGAGCCAUCAAUCCUCGGCGAGCUGAGAGAAAAAAUCCCAACAUGGCCAUGGUUUGUGUUCUUGGGCGGAGGCAUGGGCUGCUUGGCUUGCAGCUCUCUUUCAUCUUUGGCCUGCCACUCCAAAAGCUACAGUCUCUUCUUCUGGCGUCUGGACUACGCAGGCAUUGCUCUUAUGAUAGUCUGCUCCUUCGUGGCUCCCAUCUACUACGCCUUCUUCUGCAGCCCUCUGGCAAGCCAAAUCUACUUAACCUCAAUCUCUCUCCUCGGAAUCCUGGUCAUCAUCACUCUUCUUUCCCCUUCUCUCACUGCUCCUCAGUUCAGACCCUUGAGGGCCUUCUUGUUCCUCUCAAUGGGCUUUUCUGGUGUGAUUCCAGCAGCUCACGCCCUUGCCCUCCAUUGGGGCCACCCUCAUAUUUUUGUAGCUCUUGGUUAUGAGCUUGCCAUGGCUCUUCUCUAUGCCACUGGAGCUGCGUUUUAUGUGAGUAGAUUCCCAGAACGAUGCAAGCCUGGGGCUUUUGAUGUUGCAGGACACAGUCAUCAGAUCUUUCAUGUUGUUGUUCUUGGGGCUCUUGCUCAUUGUGUUGCUACUGUAAUCAUUAUGGACUUUCGAAGGUCCUUGCCUACAUGUAGGUUUUAUAAUUAGCCCAUCCCACUCACUAAAAUUAGCUGAUUUUGACGUGAUUGAAUUUCCUGGGAAAACCAGAAUGGAUUAAGCUAGCUAG